CGGUUGCAUUACUAUUGGCUGUUUCACCUUUCAAGUGCGUUCAUUACUCUCGCGCAGCGCCACCAAACAACAGAGCACGAUCCUCACAUUCCAGGACAGGACGACAAAGAGACCAAGUUAGUGCCGCAUUGACACACAAACAUCCGUGGAGAUAUUCAGAAAGCAUAGGCCUAUUUUUGAAAGUACCAACAGGUGGAUAUAACUAUUACCGAUACAUUAUAAUUUAUCCGCGUGCCAUGAAGAACCUUCUCCCCAUCCUGUGGAUCUUUAUCUGGCUGUUUGUCUUCCCUUCGCUCAGGGCUUCUGAGGAUGAGUACAUCUGGAAUUCGGACAUGGAGAUACACAGUUACGGCAAAAGUCCGCAAUGCAUGGACAUUCCCGAGGACCUGAGGUUGUGUUUUAAUGUGGGCUACCGCCAAAUGUUGCUUCCCAAUUUGCUGGGACAUGAAACCAUAGCGGAGGUGAAGCAGCAAGCGGGCAGCUGGGUUCCUCUGGUCCACAAAGCCUGUCACCCCGGCACACAAGUGCUCCUCUGCUCUCUCUUCGCCCCCGUGUGCCUUGAGACACGCAUAUAUCCGUGCCGCAGGUUGUGCGAGGAUGUGCGGGACAGUUGCACGCCUAUUAUGGAGGCAUUUGGGUUCCCUUGGCCUGAAAUGCUCAAAUGUGACAAGUUUCCCCAGGACGAUGUUUGCAUUUCCAUGAACAGUAAUGACACGGUCAAUUCCGCAGGUCCCUCUUCUGUGUGUCCACCAUGUGACAAUGAGAUGGAUACAGAUGUUAUUCUGGAGCACAUGUGUGCCAGUGAAUUCGCAAUCAAGGCAAAGAUUAAGGAGGUAAAAAAAGAGAACUUGGACCGACAAAUCAUUCUGCAGGACAAGAGGAAGCCAGUGAAACUUGGAUCUCUGAAAAGGCAGGACCUAAAGAAGCUUGUUCUCUACCUGAAAAAUGGAGCAGAUUGUCCUUGCCAACAACUGGAGAACACAGGGAGCAACUAUUUAAUUAUGGGUCGUUGGGUGGGGAAACAGUAUAUUUUGACUGGCAUUCACAAGUGGGAGAAAUCUAGCAAUGAAUUUAAGAAGGCCCUUAAGAAAAUCAAAAGCCAUAAAUGUCAAGCGUUUGAGUCAGUGUUGUGAAGCAAGUGAUUUAACAAUUUGGAUUUGAUUUUUACUGAUUUGUUAACUAGCAUUGUAUUAUAUUUUGCAUUACAGUACAGCAUGUGAAACACGGUUUAUAAUUCAUUUUACUUCCAUAAUCUGACAAAAACUGGAUACUCUACGAGUAAAAUUGUAGGGCGGAACUUUAUCCAUCAUGAAUUGAUCGGAUCAUGAAAAGUGGCCCAGAAUAGAGCCAGGUGGUUGGAGAGGAGGGGUUGAAAAGUUAGAGGGAUUCGUGACAUCAGCAGAAAAAGAAAGGUUGUUUCAGAAGUGGAGCUUUAUUACAUUUUGAUAAAAGAUUUUGAUGCUAAGUUUGAUACUUGUUUUUUUAUUUUAUUUUUUUCAUAAUAAUGCACAGUGAUGAAUCAUUCAGAAUAAAGACAUAAACAUGCAUUAAGAAAGUAAAAUGUGUCCAAUUUAUUUU